UCGACGGAAGUGGCUUCCCGGCACAUGAGAUAUUUAGCUGUGAGUUCCGGUGGUAGCGGAAUAACUUGUAGGCGGUCCGUACCGCACAGUCGCUAUGGCGGCGGUGGAUUCGGAUGUUGUGUCGCUGCAGCGUGGCCGCUUUCGCUGCUGCCUCUGCGACGUUACUACAGCCAACCGACCCAGCCUAGAUGCUCACCUGAAAGGCCGGAAGCACCGGGAUCUGGUACAACUACGGGCUACCAGAAAGGCCCAGGGACUUCGAAGUGUGUUUGUCAGUGGCUUUCCCAGGGAUGUGGGUUCUGCUCAGCUUUCUGAGUAUUUCCAGGCAUUUGGCCCUGUGGCCAACAUUGUCAUGGACAAAGACAAGGGGGUGUUCGCCAUAGUGGAGAUGGGAGACAUCAGUGCUCGGGAUGCUGUCUUAUCACAGCCCAAGCACAGCCUAGGGGGACAUGCUCUGCGUGUCCGGCCAAGGGAGCAGAAGGAGUUCCAGAGCCCAGCCUCCAAGUCUCCCAAAAGAGUGGACUCACAUAGUCACCAGCUGGCCCAAGCCCUGGCUGAGGCCCCCGAUGUGGAGGCGCAGAUGGGAAAGCUUGUGGAGUUGAGGGAGUUGUCUGAGGCUGAGCGGCAGCUUCGCAACCUUGUCGUGGCCCUGAUGCAGGAGGUCUUCACAGAGUUCUUCCCUGGUUGUGUGAUCCAUCCUUUCGGCUCUUCUAUAAACAGCUUUGAUGUUCAUGGCUGUGAUCUUGACCUCUUCUUGGACCUGGGUGAUAUGGAAGAGACCCAGCCAGCUCUGCAGGCUCCAAAGGUUCCAGAGGCUCCAUCGUUGGACUCAGCCCUUGCUGCUUCUCUGGAUCCUCAAGCGCCGGCCUGCACCCCAGCUUCUCUAGACUCAUUGUCUCCAACGUCUGCCCAAGAUUCUGAGGCCCUGGACUUUGAAACCACUUCUUCUCUGGCACCACAGACACCAGACUCUGCUUUGGGCUCUGACACUGUCACUUCUCCCCAGUCCCUGCCUCCAGUUUCACCACUGCAGGAGGAUGGGGGAGAAGGGAAACUGGGGAAGGCACUAGAAGCCUCAGAGGAUGCGAAGGAGGAAGCGGCAGCAGUGCUGGAGCUGGUGGGGUCUAUUCUCCGGGGCUGUGUCCCUGGAGUGUACCGAGUCCAAACUGUGCCCUCUGCCCGGCGCCCUGUGGUGAAGUUCUGCCAUCGGCCUUCAGGUCUUCAUGGAGACAUCUCCCUGAGUAACCGGCUGGCCUUGUAUAACUCCCGUUUCCUGAAUCUCUGCUCUGAGAUGGAUGGUCGAGUGCGGCCCCUCGUGUACACUGUACGUUGCUGGGCUCAGCAUAAUGGGCUAUCAGGGGGCGGCCCCCUUCUCAAUAACUACGCCUUGACAUUGCUAGUGAUCUACUUCCUUCAGACCAGAGACCCUCCGGUGCUUCCUACUGUGGCCCAGCUCACCCAGAGAUCAGGUGAAGGGGAGCAGGUAGAAGUUGAUGGCUGGGACUGUAGUUUCCCCAAGGAUACCUCAAGGCUGGAGCCUAGCACCAACGCAGAGCCGCUCGGUUCCCUGCUGGCCCAGUUCUUUUCCUGUGUUUCUUGCUGGGAUCUUCCUGGCUCCCUGCUGUCCCUGCGGGAAGGUCAAGCAUUGCUGGUGGCAGGGGACCUGCCUUCUGAUCUCUGGGAGGGACUGCGCCUUGGCCCCAUGAAUCUCCAGGACCCCUUUGACCUGAGUCACAAUGUUGCAGCCAAUGUGACCAGCCGGGUGGCUAAACGUCUUCAGAGCUGUUGUAGAGCAGCAGCCAGUUACUGCCGAAGUCUCCAGUACCAGCAACGCUCCUCCCGGGGCCGGGACUGGGGGCUGCUCCCACUUCUGCAGCCCAGCUCCCCUAGCUCCUUGCUGUCUGCCAAGCUCAUCCCCUUACCUGCUGCCCCCUUUCCUCAGAUCAUUAUGGCUCUGGAGUGUGUGUUAAGGGAAGCACUUGGAUGCCAUAUAGAACAGGGAAACAAGAGACCACGGUCAGAAGGUGCCAGAACCAAAGACUCUCCCCUGAGAGGGACAAACAAAAGACGGAAAGUAGACGGACAAGAAAAGAGCUGUGAAGAAGGCAAAGAGGAGCCACAGGGAUGUGCAGGGGACCACAGUGAAAACAGGGUGGAAGAAAUGGUAAUAGAGUUGCAAGAGACACCUCAGGACUGGGCCUUGUCUAACUCUGCGCCACCAGGGGAGCUGCCCCUGAUGACUGCAAAAUGUCUAGACAAACCAUCUGAACAGAAGCCUGUGGAACCUGAAGAGGCUGGAGAAGGGUCUCAGGGCGAGACAGGGAAGGAGGCAUUGCAUCCAUCAGCAGUGAGCUGGCGCUGUGCCUUGUGGCACCGCGUGUGGCAGGGGAGGCGGCGUGCCCGGAGACAAUUACAGCAACAAACCACGGAAGAAGGCAGAGGGGCUUCCACCGCGGGAGCAGAGUGGCUGGCAAUGGAGGCUCGAGUAACCCAGCAACUGAAAGGCCCAGACCCUGAGCAACAGAGGCUCCAGGGGGAACCCCUCCUCACCUUUCUGGCUUCUGUCUCCCAAGCUGAGCAGACACUCACUGUGGCACCACUCCAGGAUUCCCAAGGCCUAUUCCCUGGGCUUCAUCAUUUUCUACAGGUUUUUUUCCCUCAAGCACUUAAAAACCUCCUCAAGUGAGGAGCCAAACUUCAAAACAAUAAAGCUGCUAGUUUAUUCAAUAUAGACACUGGAUAACUUUGAUUUACGCCUGGCAACGCCUUUUCUCUCUUCCCUGUCCAGCCUGACCACCCUAAACAGUUCUCUUAGGCCCUCUUUAGAGGUCUCCUUCCCACU